CACGAUAAAGAUACCGGGUUUUGCCUUUUACAUUUUUGAUUUACUAAAUGUAGGUCACCGGGUCAGUAGUACAAGAAUGCAGACUACUUAACCGACAAAGCAAUGCGUCAGUUACAAAUACAAUAUAUCUAUUUGUCCCCCACGUCUGUCUGUUUGUAUGUGUCAGCAUCUGUUCGUCUAUUUUUAUGUCGCGUGUGCAGAUAGAAUAAUUUUAGUAGGUCACUGCGCUGUGUCGCUACAUUAUUGUGGCUUCAGGAUUUAAACAGACUGUGUUUUGGUGUUUGCAUCGUGAAACCUAAACGUUUGCCAACAUUGUUGAUAUUAUACACCGCAGGACAUUUGGUUUAAAAAUGAGACUGAAUAGAAUUGAACAGAUUCAAUAAGCAAUUCUAGUCUAAUGAGAAUACUUUUGCUUUUCCAAAUAGAAGUCUAUUUAAUCCUAGUCUGGCCGAAUGAGAAUAGGUUUGCAUUUUUAUAUGGUGUUGUAUUCUAUUUGGGCCUGUUUCGUUCUAUUCUAUUGUUGUCUAGUCUGAUGAGAAUAGAUUUGAAUUUGCAUAUGGAAAUCUAUUCUAUUCUGUUGUGUUCUAUUCUAUUGAGCUCUAGUCUGGUCUAGUUUGAUGAGCAUAGAUUUGCAUUUGCUUAAAGACAAAUAUACUGUUCUAGUCUAAUGAAUUGCAUUCUAUUUUAUGUUUCUGUUCUAUUCUAUUAUGGUCUAGUCUAGUGAGAUUACUGCCUUUCCAGAAAGAAAAACCAGUGCGUGCAAGGCAGAGAAAGAAUGGUGUUAAAAUUGAAAAUGAAUUGGUAGUUUGAAAAGUAGUAGAAUAAAUAGAGGGACACCUAUGCAAAUAUUUCAGUUUGAAAAUAUUACCUGGCCAUCAUUCCAACAUUCCAACAGUUAUGGCAGACUAUCUGAUAAGUGGAGGAAUGGGCUACAUCCCAGAGGACGGCCUGUCUGCUCAGCAGCUCUUCUCUGUCGGAGAUGGUCUCACCUACAAAUCAGGACAGCAGUCUGUCCGAGAUGGACACACGGCGGAAGAGCUUUGCUCUAUGGGAGACGGUAUGACAUACAAUGAUUUCCUGAUCCUGCCUGGCUUUAUUGACUUCACAUCAGAUGAAGUGGACUUGACCUCAGCAUUAACCAAGAAGAUCACACUAAAGACCCCGCUUAUCUCCUCUCCCAUGGAUACUGUUACCGAAUCCUCAAUGGCCAUCGCCAUGGCACUCAUGGGAGGGAUUGGAAUCAUUCACCAUAACUGCACCCCAGAGUUUCAGGCCAACGAGGUGCGCAAGGUGAAGAGGUUCGAGCAGGGUUUCAUUACUGAUCCUGUGGUGUUGAGUCCUUGUCACACCGUAGGUGAUGUAGUUGAAGCAAAAGUUCGACACGGAUUCUCUGGAAUCCCCGUCACUGAGACGGGCAAGAUGGGCAGCAAACUGGUUGGCAUCGUCACAUCACGAGACAUUGAUUUCUUAUCUGAGAAAGAUAAUAAUAAACCUCUAGAGGAGGCCAUGACUAAAAGAGAGGAUCUGGUAGUUGCUCCAGCUGGUGUCACUCUAAAAGAGGCCAAUGAUAUCCUGCAACGCAGCAAAAAAGGUAAACUGCCCAUCGUGAAUGACAACGACGAGCUGGUGGCUAUCAUUGCCCGCACCGAUCUAAAGAAGAACAGGGACUAUCCUCUGGCAUCUAAAGACUCCCGCAAACAGCUGCUGUGUGGUGCUGCCAUCGGCACCCGUGAAGAUGACAAAUACAGGCUAGACCUGCUAACACAAUCUGGGGUGGAUGUAGUGGUUCUGGAUUCAUCACAAGGCAACUCUGUAUACCAGAUAAAUAUGAUCCAUUACAUCAAGCAGAAGUACCCAGAGCUGCAGGUUGUGGGAGGAAAUGUGGUUACAGCUGCGCAGGCUAAGAACCUCAUAGACGCAGGUGUGGACGCGUUGCGAGUGGGAAUGGGGUGUGGUUCAAUCUGCAUUACUCAGGAAGUCAUGGCAUGUGGGCGGCCUCAGGGCACUUCUGUGUAUAAGGUGGCAGAGUAUGCGAGAAGAUUUGGAGUGCCAGUCAUCGCAGAUGGGGGCAUCCAGACGGUCGGCCAUGUGGUGAAGGCCUUGUCAUUGGGAGCAUCUACAGUGAUGAUGGGAUCUCUACUGGCUGCCACCACAGAAGCUCCAGGCGAGUAUUUCUUCUCUGAUGGGGUGCGGCUGAAGAAAUACAGAGGAAUGGGCUCUCUGGAUGCCAUGGAGAAGAACACCAGCAGCCAGAAACGCUACUUCAGUGAGGGUGAUAAGGUGAAGGUGGCUCAGGGAGUGUCCGGCUCAGUGCAGGAUAAAGGGUCCAUCCAUAAAUUUGCCCCAUACCUCAUUGCUGGAAUCCAACACGGUUGCCAGGACAUUGGUGCGAAAAGUCUCUCAGUGCUUCGGUCCAUGAUGUAUUCUGGAGAGCUGAAGUUUGAGAAAAGGACCAUUUCUGCUCAGGUUGAGGGAGGUGUACAUGGACUUCACUCUUACGAGAAGCGUCUCUACUAGUGGAGGAGGCAGAGCAUGGAUGGGAAGGAGUGACCAAACACCUCAGACAAAUCUGACACCCCAGAUCUUACCCCCAACCUGCUCUUCACUGUUCCUCCAACACCACCACAGUGAGAGAUGGAGAAAAGAAGUAUUAAAGGAGUUUGAGAGCAGGACCUCAAACUAAUUCAGUUCCCCAAAACAUUGCUGUUGCACUUAAGGGAGUAUCAGGGUUACCAAGUAGCUGCCUGUGUGUGUUUGCAAAUGUUAAUGAGCAAACCAGCAAAGACAAGAAAGGCAUUUGGAGCUGGUAUUCUUGAAUGCCUUGUUCCCUUCCCAAACUGAUGAGGCAACCAUGAUCUAUUAAGACACACCAGUGCAGCGCAUAUCAAUAUCUCCAUUUCCACUUGCAUACUGAUGACUGCCAUGAAACCAAGUGCUCCAACUAUACUUGAGGCAAUCUUUUCUGAAGUAGAUUUGUAACUACUGAAGAUGCUAUAUUAUAUAUUUUUAUUUUGGAAGGAAGCGGUACGUAGAAAGUCAUGUUUGUGGUGGUUAAUGUUUAUUGUACUACUGGUUGGACAGAUCUCCUUUAUCGUAGCAUUCUGCUAUGUCCACCACCCCAUGUCCUGUAUUUUGUGGGUUCAAUAUCUAUACGAACAUAAUUAUACCAAAACCAAUAUCUUUUAGAUAUUCAUAGUUGUUCUGAGAGUGUCAUGUUGUCGUCCUUUUGAUAUUUUUGACCAAACAGCUGGAGCUGAUAUUGAAGGUUUUUGGGAUCAUCAAGGUCGGUUAGUUAAAGCUGAGCUUUUAACACGGUCCACUCGACUGGAAUUUUAACAAAGAACAGUAAUUAUGGGAUUUUAUGUUAAUGAAAUGAGACUGAGUGCUAAAUUGGUAUAAAGAGUUUUAAUGUGCAUGCAACGUUUAUACAGUUUACUGUACAUUACUUCCAAGUGCUUUGUUUUUUGUUUCGCUUUGACUUAUCUUUUACAAACGCCAAAUAAAUGCUGUGAGUUUCCUGAUCCUCUGAGGAUGUUUGUCUAUGUCACCAGUGACAUCUUGAAAUGUGUCAUAAAUUAUGGAUACACGCAUCUGUCUUGACCCAAAACACGCCAUCCGUGCUCAUCCAAUCCUGUGUGGCAUCUUUUUAACUGUCACUGCCUUUUUAAAUAAAGCAUGUCAUCCUUUUGAAUUAAAUGGAAAGCUUUUUUAAAAAAAAUAUUUUUCAGUACUAUUUGUUUUGUUUUUUUCAGCUACCGCUAGAAGUUUCUAUUUUGUAUGUGUGUAGAAAACAUGCACUCUUGUAACUCAGUAUUUGAUAUGUGGACCCAAUCAUCCACGUAGUACAUAGUUCUCAGUUAAAUCUGCAUAACCAUGUACAAAGACAUGGUUUGCUUCCUUAAAUCAACUGGAUGUUGCUUGUUAGUAUGUUGCUUUACCCACUGUCACAGUGUUUGACAACUCAAGAGCCAGGUUUGUUUAUCACAGUGUAUUCAACU